UAAUUGAUCAAGCAGUAGUUUUUGUUUACUGGAAUUUGUUUGGGAAUGUGAAGGAGUUUGUAGUGAAACAAAAAGGUCACUGCUCAGUUUCAGGUAAACAGAAAUGGGUAGUGUUAGUUGUGAAGGUGAAGAUGGUUGUGAUGAGAGACAGAUUUAGUGAACUAGAACUGAAAGUUGUCCAUCACAUUCUGUCCUUCCUUACUAUAACUGAGCUCACCAUUUCCGGAUGUGUUUCCAGAAGAUGCAGAGAAAUUUAUCUGUCAACUCCCUCAUUGAACUUUGUGCAUUUUUCUGAUUCGAAUACAAAUUCAUGCUUUAGUCGGCUCAGGUUGAUUAGUUCCUUGGAUAGGUACUUUCUCAAUCGCGUGUUUAAUCAGAUAGUGAGCUUUCGUUUUUGUUGGGAAAAGCACUAUCCAGAUGAGGACAGUGAUGAAGGAUCAUGUUUCUGUGUUAAUGAGCAUUUUCGAUUGAUGACGUGGAUCAACAAUGUAGUGAGGUGUAAUGUUGAAGUGAUGCAUCUGGAGGUCUGUUCCUAUGAUGAAAAUGAUUUGAAAAUAGAGUUGGUGCUGCCGCAUUGCGUUUUUGCUUGUGGAUCGUUGAGGUCCUUAGUGGUUCAAAUGAGUUGUACAGUUAUUAAAUCGCCAACCACUCUUUCCUCUAAUAUAAGAUUUUUGGAGUUAAGAGAUGUUGAAGUAGAGGAGGGCUUUUUCAAAUGGAUCUCAUCUUCUUGCAAAUAUAUCGAGGAAUUAGUUGUUCAAGAUGUUCAAAGUAUUGAAAAUAUCACCAUUCAGAGCUUGUCAUUGACAUCCUCUGCGCUUGUGCAACACUAUGGGCAUCUCGGGUGAGAAACUAGAAAGCAUUAGUAUCGAUUGGACAUUUGGUUCAGGUAGCACUAAAUCUUUAAAUUUAUCUGCUCCAAAUCUUGAAUAUUUGCACUGGGAUGGAAAUUUGGUGAAUCACCCAAACCUGGGAAAAUUAGAAAGGUUAGAAGAAGCUUUGAUCUUACUGGAGCCUACAGAAGCAGAUAUUGACAAUGGAUUUGAGGUUGUUUGCAGUUUAUCCAGAGUUGAAGAUCUUACUCUAAACGCAGAGACCAUCAAGGCUCUUCUUCGUGAAGGAUUAAAGACACCACCAUUUGAUAAUGUGAUAAUGUUAGCAAUCUACGUAUGCAUAUUGCUAACUUUGUUGAUGAACUUGUCCCAGCAAUAGUCUCUCUUUUCACUGGAAUGCCCAAGUUGUGUACUUUACAUUUUGGUAAUUUGUACAUGAAGUCUAAGGAAUCUGUUCAGGCCAAUGUAAGUUAAAGUUUAUGUUUGGACUUCCUUCAGGAUGACCACAAUCUAUUCUUUCUAGAAUCAGUACUCAGUAUUAUCAUAUCUAGGAUCAGGAGCUUCAUCAUGCUUUUA